CGGAGUGUGGUGCACGCGCGGGUGAUGCGAUAGCCAUGAUCUCGCAGAAGCUGUCGUACGGCGACGUGCCGACGUCCGCGGCGCUGUCGUCCCUGUCGCCGGGCCUCGCGCCGCCGUACGUCAACGGCAUGGGCUGCAUGCCGGCGCAGCCCUACAGUAACCUUUACUCUAACAAUAUGGUGGCCGGCGGCUCGUGCAUGGGCUCGCCAGGAGUCGGCUAUUCGCCGCCCAGCACCAUGGCGUCCUGCAUGGGCGGCAGCGGCGGCGUGCCCUACGGUUCCUUGCCCCGCGAGCAAGAAGCUGCCUCACCUACCUCGGCGCUGCAGCGCGCGCGUAACGACAAGACCUACCGCCGCUCGUAUACGCACGCCAAGCCACCCUACUCCUACAUCUCGCUCAUCACGAUGGCCAUCCAGAACAACCCUACGCGCAUGCUCACGCUCUCUGAGAUCUACCAGUUCAUCAUGGACCUCUUCCCCUUCUACAGACAGAAUCAACAGCGCUGGCAGAACAGCAUCCGACAUUCGUUAUCCUUCAACGACUGCUUCGUGAAGGUGCCGCGUACGCCGGACAAGCCAGGAAAGGGUUCCUUCUGGACCCUUCAUCCCGACAGCGGCAACAUGUUCGAGAACGGGUGUUUUUUGCGCCGUCAGAAAAGAUUUAAGGACGAAAAGAAGGAGACCAUUCGACAGGCACAGAAGGCGGCCACAGGACACGGACACCACGGGCACGACAAGCGACAGUCGGAGCACCACGCACACGAGAAGGGCGGCGGCGGCGCGGGCGCCGAGAUGCGCGACGACAAAGAUAUGCGAGACGAGUUGCUGGCACAACUACAUGCGGCACCCGAGUUGUGCCUGCCCGAGCAUACGCCGCUAGCGCUCGAGCACUACGCGCAGCUGAAGCAGGAACCGGCCGGUUACGCGCCCGCACCGCACCCGUUCAGCAUCACGCGUUUAUUGCCCGGUGCCGACACCAAGACGGACCUGAAGUCAAUGUACGAUGUCAACUACGGUUACAGCCACGCGCCUGUCGACAACUACUACCAGUCCUCGCUGUACCACGCGCACGCGCACGCUCAUGCUCACGCGCAACCGCCCUUGUGACAGUAUCCGCUGGCGUAGGCGCCGCGGCGCGCGCCAUGGCCCGCGCCAAUGCCCCUCCACGAGCCUGCCGCGCCUUGAGCACCGCCGGCUCCAACGGCCGUCGCGCCAGCGGCUGCUUCCUGCACUACCGAGGAUAUUUACCCACAAAAUCUCAAGUUAAAACUGUUGAUAUUGGACUCCAAGUGAGCGUGAUUGUGUUCUGGUGAUCGGACGGUUUGUAACAUGCUGUGUAAAUAUAGUCUAUGCCAGGAGUACGUGUGAUGAUAGCGCUAGGACGAUAGGCCUAAAGCGUCUCCGGGACUGAUGCGGAAGUGGCCUUUGUAGUCCUUGUAUCCGCUCGCGAUUGUAUUUUGACUCUUAUUGGAAGGGGUCGUGGCUAAACACGCGGAAUAUUUACUAUAUAAUCUUCCUUUAACUGGAUGUUUAUUUGAAUAACACUCGAGCAGCGCUCGGCGCCGCCGUCCGAAACAAACGGCGAGUCUAUAACGAGCGGCCGCGGUAAUGGGAAGUGCAAAUCGAUCAAUAACAUAUCGCUAUCAAAGUUUAUCAGUCGAUACUGUGUUUAGAUAAAAUUAUUAUUUAUUUGUUUAGCGCGUUCAAGUCUUUUCUAUGAGAGCAGCAAAAAGCGCUCCUAAAAAAAUAACGACCGUUUCGAUUUACGAAAUAAUUUUCCGUAUGACACGAAAUAUUUUAUUUUGCUAGGUAAAUAGUGUAACACGUAUUAAUUUUCAUUGUUUUCAAUUAUCUUCUUUGUUGUCUAAUUCUACAGAUGUUUUAAAUUUGACGUGCUAAGUAAUUUUUUUCCUAAACCUCUAUUUUUUUACCGGAAGAUCCCGAUUGGACCCUCCAUUGUCAUCUUUUGUGGACUGUCGCAUAUCCGCUUUUUUAUGAUAUAAUAUCUUGGCUUAGUAUUUUAACAGAAUAAUGUCUAAUAGAAAAUUGUUUAAAUAACCCUUUUACUAACAUAUAAGAAAUGAAUUUCCGAAUUUAACGAAUUUUCAAGUCACUUCAAAUUUUUACUAAAACUUUAUGGUCUAGUCAAUAAAAGAGCAGGCAGUAAUAUCAAUUAGUACCAAAAUUUAUGAAUCGGUAAUAUUAUCAAUAGUCGUGGUAAAAAGUUCAAUUUUAAACCCAAAAAGAGUUGUUAGACAAUCGCAAGUGUUCUAAAAGUCAUAUCGUGGACCGAACUGUGCAAUGUCAAAUAUAUGUGUAAAAACUAUAGAUAGAAAAGAAAUAUAGCUGCCGACCAUCGCGUUAGGUAAAUAAGUCUGUAUAUAUAGUGAAUAAGAUAAAUUUAAACAACCUCUCGGGAUAGAAUUGAGUGUUUUAAAAAUCUGACUCUUAAAUAAUCUUAAUGUAUACAAAAUAUAUAUAUAGAUUUAUCGGGUCAUAUAUACAAAAGCUUGGUAUAUAAUUUCUUACUUUCAUAUAUUUCUCAUUGA